AUGACAAAACAUCACAACGAAGCCGCCCCCUUUAGGAGUCAGCACCCUGAGAAGAUAAACGCAUAUCUAGUCGGCGGUGGAAUUGCCUCUCUUGCCUCUGCUGUUCACCUCCUGCACGAUGCCAAAGUCCCCGCCUCCCAGAUUCACAUCCUGGAGUCCUCCAGCGUUCCCGGCGGCUCCAUGGACGGCGCCGGUACUGCUGAGUCCGGAUAUGUGUUGCGCGGAGGCAGGAUGCUGAAUUUCAGCUACCUCUGUACCUACGAGCUUCUCGCUACAAUUCCAUCCCUGAGCGACCCGAAGAAGACGGUCAUGCAGGAGAUCGAGGAAUUCAAUGCUAUUCCGGAAAACAAGACUAAUGCACAUGCGAGACUGGUCGCUAAAGGCGCAGAGGGCCCGGAGAUUGUGGAUGUUAAGCAGUUGGGGCUCAGCAUGAAGGAUAGAUUAGAUCUGGUGCAUAUGAGUCUUCAGACAGAGGGGUCGCUAGGAACAAAGAAGAUCACGGAUUGCUUUGGGGAGGCUUUCUUUGAGACGAAAUUUUGGUACAUGUGGGCUACCAUGUUCGCAUUCCAACCGUGGCACAGCGCAGUGGAGUUCAGAAGAUACCUCCACCGCUUUAUCCAUGAGUUUAAAAGAAUCAACACCCUUGCUGGUGUCGAUCGCACCCCCCUCAAUCAGCACGACUCGAUUAUCUUGCCAAUUGAGACCUAUCUCAAGGCACAAGGUGUCGACUUCAGAUACAACACCAGAGUAACCCGCUUCUCAUUCCAAGAAUCCCCCCAAAUCACUGUCAACGAGAUCCACACCGACAGCAAAGGAACCACCGGCGUAAUACACGUCCAAGAUUUCGAUAUCGUCUUCGCCACCAUCGGCUCCAUGACAGCCUGCUCCUCCAUCGGCAGCAACACCAAGGCCCCAGCCCCCAUCCCAAGCACCCAGGACGCCCUGAAGGCACCCGACGGAACCUGGGCGCUCUGGGACUCUCUUACACACAGCCAGCACGGCGCCGCCUUCGGCAACCCCUCAAGCUUCUACACCCGCCCCACCGAAUCCAACUGGCUGUCCUUCACCGUAACCCUGCACGACCCCAGCUUCUUCUCCCGCCUCGUGGAGUGGAGCGGAAACACGCCUGGCACAGGAGCGCUGAUCACGUUCAAGGACAGCACUUGGCUCAUGUCUAUCGUCGUGCCGAAGCAGCCCCAUUUCCUGAAUCAGCCAGAGGAUGUCCAGGUUUUCUGGGGCUACGCCCUGUUCCCCGAUAAAAUUGGAGACUUCGUCAAGAAGCCCAUGGAGGCCUGCUCCGGUCAGGAAAUCCUAAAUGAGCUCCUAGGCCAUCUCAAUUUCCCGCAGCACCCGACGCUCGAGUCGGCGACGACUAUCCCUUGUAUGAUGCCCUAUAUCACGAGCCAGUUCUUGACGAGGGCGCACAAGGACCGCCCCAAGGUGAUUCCAGAGGGGAGCACGAAUCUGGCGCUUCUGGGUCAGUAUGUCGAGAUCGACGAGGAUACGGUGUUUACCGUCGAGUAUAGUGUUAGAGGGGCGCAGAUGGCAGUGUAUGAGAUGAUGGGGGUGAAUAAGAAACCUAAGGCGAUUUAUAAAGGGGAGCAUGACGUUAGAGUCUUGGCGGAGGCGCUGAAGAUGUUGAUAACUUAA